AUGAAGAAUCCUAUUUUUAGAGACGUGACAAAAGAAGCUAUCAAUUCUGAACUUGAUAUUUGGUGUACAAAAUGGCAAGCACAUAAAUUAGAAGCAAAAAAUGUUCUUGAAAAUGCUUUGGGAGCCUUAGAUGAGUGUCAUGAAACAGUUUUUCCUAUUAUUAGGACUAUAUUUAUAAUAAUAUGUGCUUUGCAUAUUAGUGUUGCUUCGGCUGAGCGCAGUUUUUCUACUCUAAAGAUUUAUUAA